AUGGUCAAGGAUUCCAAGUUUUACGAUCUUUUGGGCGUUUCUCCUUCCGCUAGCGACAAUGAGUUGAAAAAGGCUUACAGAAAAGCGGCGUUGAAAUAUCACCCAGAUAAAAACCCAUCUCCAGAAGCGGCAGAAAAAUUUAAGGAGUUGUCGCAUGCAUAUGAAGUGCUUUCUGAUGAACAGAAGAGAGAGAUCUAUGACACCUACGGUGAAGAAGGUUUGAAUGGUGGCGGUCCAGGAGGAAUGGGUGGAAUGGGCGCAGACGAUAUCUUCUCGCAGUUCUUCGGUGGUGGUUUCGGUGGUAUGGGCGGUGGUGCCUCCAGAGGUCCUGCUAGAGGCAAGGACAUCAAGCACUCUAUUUCUUGCACGUUGGAAGAGUUGUACAAGGGCAGAACUGCCAAGUUGGCGUUGAACAAGACUGUCUUGUGUAAGUCAUGUGAAGGCCGCGGUGGUAAAGAAGGAAAGAUCAAACAAUGUAGCUCUUGUCACGGUGCUGGUAUGAAAUUUGUCACCAGACAAAUGGGCCCUAUGAUCCAAAGAUUCCAAACUGUUUGUGACGUCUGUCAAGGUACGGGUGACAUCUGUGAUGCCAAGGACAGAUGUACUGUUUGUAAGGGCAAGAAGACACAAGCUGAGCGCAAGAUUUUGCAGGUACACAUUGACCCCGGUAUGAAGGAUGGCCAAAGAAUUGUCUUUAAUGGAGAAGGUGACCAGGAACCAGGCGUUACGCCAGGUGAUGUUGUUUUUGUUGUGGACGAGAAGCCUCACGAGAAGUUUACCAGAAAGGGCAAUGACUUGUACUACGAAUGUGAGGUAGACUUGUUGACUGCUUUGGCCGGCGGCGAUGUUUCGUUCAAGCAUGUUUCUGGUGACUACAUUAAGUUUUCUAUCGUCCCUGGUGAAGUUAUUUCGCCAGGCGCCUUGCGUGUUAUUGAGAAGCAAGGUAUGCCAAUCUACAGAAACAGUGACCACGGUAACUUGUUCAUCAAGUUCUCAGUCAGCUUCCCAGAGGCUCACUUUGCGUCUGAGGAGAAAUUGCAACAAUUGGAGUCUAUCUUGCCUCCAAGAAAAACAUACACUAUUCCAAAGGGCGCUGAAGUUGAUGAGUGUGACUUGACCACCAUUGACCCACGCAAACACCAACAAAACUCUAGACGUGACGCUUACGACUCUGAUGAUGAAGAGGGACACCAAGGUGGACCAGGUGUGCAAUGCGCAUCGCAGUAA